AUGGGACAUGAAGUGUCCGUCAGGGUGACUUAUGAAGCCGGUGAUACCGUGCGUCUCGCAAAGGAGGCACUCAGGGAUCACGAGGCCGAUGCAAUUGACACAUUGGUAAGCGGUGGUGGAGAUGGAACGAUCCACGAGGUUGUUGAUGCCGUGCUGCACGAACUGGAAGACGGCGCAAAACCGCCCUUUGCCUUUGCGGUAUUGCCGCUUGGAACGGCGAAUGAUUUCGCUCGCCACAUCCGGCUGGACCCGGCCGAUGUUCCGGGCUGCCUGCGAUUUGCGGCACGUGCAAGCGCAAAGCCGAUGGAUGUUGGCGAAGUCAAUGGUUGCUGUUUCGUCAACAUGGCGACCGGUGGGUUCGGGACGCAAGUAACGUCACAGACAGAUCCCAAACUGAAGCGCGUGCUCGGCGGCGCAGCGUAUCUGUUCACAGGCCUGACCCGGUUUUCUGAACUUGCGGCCUGCGAAGGACGGAUCGAAGCGGAAGGGUUUUCCUGGGAAGGUGCGUUCCUUGCUCUGGCGAUCGGCAAUGGCCGACGCGCCGGCGGCGGUAUCCGUCUGUGCCCUCGGGCAAAACUGGAUGACGGAUUUCUUGAUCUGACGAUCCUGCCAUUUCCCAGGUCCGGGAAGGUUACCGAUCUGCUUUCAACCCUUUUGGACAGCGGUGUGGAUGGCAUGAAAAACGGUCUUAUUCAGCGAAAGGCGCGGGAUAUCAAUAUCCAGACAGCCAAUCCGGUCCAGUUCAAUCUGGAUGGAGAGCCGAUGAAUGGACAGGACUGGAAGAUUGGGAUAAGGCACCACCAGAUUGAUAUGCGGCGGUAG